GGAAAGCGGUGAUGGAGCGGACUCACCAGAGGUGGCAGCAAUAGGCCAGCUGUACUCUUCAGCCUCUUUCUCGGAACCCAGCGUAGGUGGCGGUUUCCCACCGACUUUCUUUCGAUUGUGCACAUGCAAGCACAGGGGUGAAAGGUCACAAAAAUGGCGCUGGCCGUUCGUCUAUUACCUCGCUUGCUUUUUUGUGGGUCUCUGCCCGGCGGAGCCGCCAGACCCUGUACCUCCGGAGCAGCCGAAGUGAGGGCGCCGUUGGCUGGACUCUGCUGCUUUUGCCGCCGCCACCACCUCGGCUCGAGAACGGCCCCUUUCCUUUCAGUCACUUGGGUCUCUGCGGCCUCUCCACUGCCUGCUCUGGGACCCCAGCGUCCCUUGCUAAGCCCUCCUGGACUGGCUGCAGCCCUCCCCGUUUUCCCAGUCGGCGCUCGGCGCAGCUACAGCACUGAGGAGCAGCCCCAGCAACGCCAGAAAACGAAGAUGUUCAUUCUGGGCUUCUCCAACCCCAUCAACUGGAUUCGGACUCGAAUUUACGCCUUCCUUAUCUGGGCCUAUUUCGACAAAGAGUUCAACAUCACAGAAUUCUCAGAGGGAGCGAAGCAGGCUUUUGCGCAUGUGUCCAAGUUGCUGUCAGAAUGUAAAUUUGAUUUGUUGGAAGAACUUGUGGCCAAAGAGGUGCUACAAGUAUUGAAAGAAAAGGUUACUUCACUGCCUGACAACCACAAAAAUGCCCUUGCCGCUGACAUAGAUGAAAUUGUGUACACGUCCACAGGAGACAUCUCCAUUUACUACGAUGAGAAAGGCAGGAAGUUUGUGAGCAUCCUGAUGUGCUUUUGGUAUCUAACCAGUGCCAACAUCCCCAGUGAAACGCUGAGCGGAGCCAGCGUGUUCCAGGUUAAGCUGGGGGAUCAGAACGUGGAAACCAAACAGCUUCUUAGUGCAAGCUAUGAAUUUCACAGGGAGUUUACACAAGGAGUAAAGCCUGACUGGACUAUUUCACGGAUUGAUCACUCCAAGUUAUUGGAAUAAUCUUUUUUUGGAAAAAUCAGCUUAUUGGACUUCUAGCAAUUGCUGUGAAAAACUAAGGGAGAAAAAUUUUGGAUCAGUUGAUCUUCACUUAGCCAAGUUUGUGGAUUACUUCUGUAUCACUAUACUCCUUAUAGUAUACUGGCAUGAUACAGUAAAGCGUUCUCAUGGAUUGUUGUCGCCUUCUGUGAGAGAGGUCAAAAUAAACUGCAGCCCCCCA